AUGUCUCUUCUUCACAAUGAAGACUUCACGAUCUGGCAAUUACGCUCCUCAUAUCUCUCGACAAUCAAAGAUGGAAUCGGGGACCGACUUAUCAACGUCAAUGACUCCGUCCUGAAUACACCUGGCUUCCGUGCGGCGGGCUGGUCAACCGCCGCGGCGUACCCCAACACACACAGCUCCUCCCACCUGAAGCGCACUUACUCCCCACCCAUUCCAACAACGGCGAACGUUUCGUCUGAAUACUAUAGGCUAGCAGAACGAAAUGCAAAACCCGAGCGCCACGAAUUGCAAGGUCUAGGCCUGGAAGAUGGCGAGGACGAUGGCGGUAUGGUGACCGGCAAGAGCCAUACGGACAUGACUGCGCGGCGGAAUCACGCACGCGGCGGAAAGAAGAAAACUCGACGGGAAAGGCAACAAGAGGUCCAGAGACAAGCGGAAGCAGAGGACGACGAUAGCAGCGAUCUGAGUGAUGACAGCGACGACGAUGGAGACAACGUUGGCAGUGCCGUUGAUCAGAUCAAAUUCGACAAGAUGCCCAUCCGCCGAGAUCGGGCCGACUCCUCUCCAAUACGUUCUGGGGACCCGAGUGAACGGCCAGAAGUGAUGAUCACAUCCGCGUCAACACAAAACCUUGCAAAUCAAUACCGCCAAGUAAAACCACGCCCCCGUCGAGAUACAACUACUAGCAGUGAUCUUUCCACGGAUAACGAAACCGAUCUCAGAGGCUACAAACAAGGACAAGUUCAAUUCUCCGCGAGUGAUCAGGUCGUCGAGUAUUCGCGCAGACGGCGUGAGCGAACUGGCAGCCGAGGCGCAGAGAGCCUGGCCCUCGGGGAACUCCACGAGGAGGACGAGGACGAGGACUCCGGUGCCGAGUCUGUUGGGUCUGCAAUUUCCUCUGAUUUUGACAAUACGGCUGGAUCUGGCUCCCUGCUGCUGGCAGGUGUGACGGGCGGUUUGAAUUUGUCCUCGCCCAUGGCUAUGAUGAACAAGCUACCCUCUGGCACCGGGCCGCAGAAUAAUUCACCGCGCAAGCAUCGCACUCCGGCUCCUGCAUUGCAAGACCUUCCCCCGCCACGGCCUAUUAGCAUGUUACAGCCGGUUAGCUUGUUAACCAGCCAGCUUACGUCCCGGAAACGAGCACCAAGCAAUCCAGUGGAUAAAUUCGUGGUGCUCUCUGGGCGAGGUCAAGAGGACUCGUUGUAUUUGAAGAUCUACGUUCCUUUUUCAAGCGACCCUGAAGACCCGCUGGACCUGCCACUUACACGCGAGUCUAAGCUUGCAGAACAGCCCGCACAGGUGACUGUUGCUGAGACGAUUGGGCUUGCGUUAUGGAAAUACUCGGCGGACGCUCGCGGUCCAGCAAUUAGUCGCGAAAAUCUGACCGUGAACCGAUGGACGCUACGGAUGGUCGAUGAUGGCGAAGUCGAAUAUGACUUCCCAGCGCUUGGGCGGACUCUUCCAAUGACGGAUUUCACGUCAAACAACAACCAAUCUGCCAAGUCCCGAGGACGGUCAAGGGGCAAGCCGUACGAUGAAUUCGCACUGGUUGAAGCAUCGAAAUCAGAGUUCGAGGAGAAUGAACGCCUAUAUCCACAAUUUAGUUCAAGCAUUGGGUCAGAAGAGGCGGAUCAGCCGGCGAAUCUUGCAGUGCCGGGGACUCAACCCGCUGCACAGAAAAACACCCCUCAAACCACACCAGCCCGAGCGAACCCCAUCCUAGGCCAGCCAUUCUCGUCUGCGCUCAACCACAGCACUCUUACUCCUGCUGACCGCCCCGCGGUACCUAUCUCGCAUGCCACUCCCCGUCUCGGUGUUUCCAAGACAUUGAAGAUUCGCUUCAUCAACAUGGAGGCAUCCGCACAUGUCAUGACCAUCAACACAUCUACCGACAGCUACAUAGCCGAGAUCCUGGAUUCCGUAUGUAAACGAUGGGGCCAGGAUAAGGGCAACUACCUCUUAAAGGUGAUGGGGUCGAACACGAUUGCACCACUUGACCGCACAGUGGAGGCAUUGGGCAGCAUCACCGAACUUGAUCUGGUGCGUCGUCGCUUCGGCGGCGGGCCCCUUGCACUCGGAACCUCACCAGGCAGCUCAUCACCAAACGCGCCUUUGAUGGUGGAAACCGCCGACCCGACAACCUCCAAGAAGAGCAAGAAGGAGGCUAAGAAGGGCGCCCAGCGCAUGUUACCCUCCUCUUCUCAGAAACAAGAUCAUCUAGGCGGAUAUUACCGCCGGUACCAUGUGUUCCGCAAACAACCCAUGUCUUUCACAGCAUCCAACCACCGGAUUCUCACGUUCGAAAAUGAUUACAUGCAUAUUGUGCCCGGUGAUACGGGCAAAACGGCGUCUGGUGGCAAGACCCGGUCGAUCAGCUUUAGCGAUGUGAUUGGAUCUAAGGUCAGCCGACGGCACCCCAAGAGCUUCCGAGUGAUGAUCGUGCGCGGUAAUGAUGCCACGGAGCAGAAGCGCUAUGACUUUGAAGCAAGGAGUACCAACGAGGCUGUGGAGAUCGUGGACGAGAUCAAGAAGAACAUGGCACAUUAUCGUAUUUGA